AUGGCACUUACCGCUUGGGGGGUAGGACUUUCGUUACUUCUUAAAGCUUCUGUUUCGGAAUUUGUUGAAGCAUUAUUAAGUAACAAGAGUUUACAAAAGUUUUUGAAAACUUUUUUUGCACUUCGUAAAAAAAUUUCUAACAAAAACAACAAGCCUAAUUUUGGAGAAAAUGUUCAACAAUUAGAAAUAGAUUUGGACAAAAAAGUUUUAAUGGUAUUAUUACCAAAAGCUUUGUAUCGAGAACAAUUGAUUACCGAGGGGUUUUUGCUUGAUUUGGUUUCAACUUAUGGAAAAUCAAAUCCUAACUAUACAAAAAAAAUAUUUGAAAGUAUAAUUAAUUUUGUGCCAGAAUUGAUACAAGAUCUUGAGAAACUUCCAGUUGUUAUAAUAAAAUAUGUAAAUGCUAUUGAGGAUAAAUUUGGAAAGAACCAAAUUGAACCGUUGGAAGAAGAGAAAACAUAUUUAGCAUUUAUGAUAGACAUAUCGAUCACAUUGGAUUGUUUGUUUAGUAUUUCUAAAAAGAUUGCUAAAAUGUUUAAUAAAAGCACAGAUUCAGAUCAAAAUUUUUUAUUAAUAAUGAUAAAGUUUUAUGAUGAAGCAAUUCCGAUAAUGAAAGAAGUGUUAAAAAAUGAAGAUUACGAAACCUCCAGGAAUUUGAGCAUAUCAAAAUAUUCGAUAGUUUCAAUGUUAUAG